GAAAAGCAGCCGGGUAACGUGUGGCUUUAAUUCAAAGUAGUAGGCACUAACUUGGUGAUCACGGACUGGUUCACUGGUCACGCAGUUCUGUGGUGCAGCCCAGCCCAACACCAUGUCAGAGGCCCUGCUGGAGCGAGUGAGGCAGUUGGAAGCAGAGGUGGGGAGGUUGAAGACACAGCUGGGAGAGAGGAAAGGGGCAGAGGCUGGCAUGGAGCCAUCUGAGCCAGGCGACAGGGAAAAGGACAACCAGGACAACGGAGGGAGGAAGAAGGGGAAGAAAGGGGGCCAGGGGCGUUCGUUUGAUUUUGCGGCCCACCCCAGGCGACACGUGGCCUUGCGACUGGCCUAUCUGGGCUGGAACUACCAGGGCUUCGCUGUUCAGGAAAACACAGACAACACUGUUGAGGCCAGGCUGUUUGAGUCCCUACUGAAGACCAAGCUGAUCCAGGACCGGCAGAGCUCCAACUACCACAGGUGUGGCCGUACAGACAAGGGAGUCAGUGCCUUCUCUCAGGUCAUCUCCAUCGACUUGCGCUCCACUCAGUCUUGUGGGGGCUUGGGGGUGAUCUUCCCAGCUCAGACUGAGGGGAAAUGCAAACCAGACAUGGCAGAACUGCCAUAUGCCAAAAUGCUAAACCGUGUGCUGCCCCCUGACAUAAGGGUCCUAGACUGGGCGGCUACAGAAACAGGCUUCAGUGCACGCUUUGACUGCCAGUCCAGAACUUACCGCUAUUACUUCCCUCGUGGAGGCCUGGACGUGGAGCUCAUGGGCGAAGCUGCCAAACGCUAUGAAGGAACGCACGACUUCAGAAACUUGUGCAAGAUGGACGUGGGCAACGGGGUCCUGCAGUUCCAGCGGACCAUUCUGUCGGCCUCAAUCCGGCCGGCUCAGCCCCACAAAACGCCCUGCGCUGACCCAUGUGACAUCUUCAUUUUUGAGAUAAAGGGGCUGGCUUUCCUGUAUCACCAGGUGCGUUGCAUGAUGGCUGUUUUGCUCCUGAUUGGACAGAAGCUGGAGGCUCCGGAGGUGAUUGAUCACCUAUUGGAUGUUGAAAGCAAUCCCAGGAAACCCCAAUAUAGCAUGGCAGUGGACUACCCACUGGUCCUACAUGACUGCCAUUUUGAGGGGCUGCAGUGGCAGAGUGACCCAGAGGAAGUCAGGCACGUCCUGGCAACACUGCAACAGCACUGGACACAGACAGUGGUCAAGACCCAGGUCCUCCACGGGAUGAUCGAGGGCGUAAAAAAUUCAGAUGAGUCUUCUUCCUCUCCCCUCUGCUGGCUGAUGGAAGGGUCCAGACAGCGUAACUACCGUCCGCUGCUGGAGCGCCCUUGCUGCGAGAGUUUGGAGUCCAGGAUAGAGCACUUUGUCAAGAGAGGGCGACUUGAGCGUGAGGAGGGAGAGGAUGGGGAGGGGCCAGUGCACAGGGGCAAGAGGUCCAAACACCAGCACAACUCCCAUCAGCCCAAAGCACUCAGUGCCGCCUCCUCCUCAGACCCAAGACUAAGUGGGGAUACCAGUCAGGCCGACCAGGACACUGCAUGUCAGCAAACUCAGGAUGAAAAGGAUUUGAUUUGAUCUGAAAUGACUUGAUUCCUGCAUAAAUGAGUGUUUGUUUCGUUUUAUUUGUCUUCAGUUUUUUUUUUAAUUCCAUAGUUUUGUAUUAAACAAUG